AGGACUGCGCUCUAGCAUGAUGCAAAUACAAAGUUAGAACGGUAGGUGGCGGUAUGCGCUUGUGUUUAGAAUGAAAGGAGAAGCGUAAGUAGCAUUUUUUCCCCGGAAGCAGAGAGCACGUGGUGUGUCGCAGGCUUAGAGUGGAACAUGGCCCACUCGGACUCAGUCAAAGCGAGCGUCCCCUCGUAUUUAAAGGAAGCACAGAUGAUUAAACAGGGCGCGGAAGCCCGUGUCUAUCGAGGUACGUUUUUGGGUCGUUCCGUGAUUAUUAAAGAGAGAUUCCCAAAAUUAUAUCGCCACCCUGAAGUGGACGAGAAACUGACGCGCCGCAGAACCACACAGGAGGUGCGAUCCAUACUGCGAUGCAGGAGAGCAGGUAUCAGCGCACCCGUUGUUUAUUUUGUUGACUACACCACUCAUUGCAUUUUCUUGGAGGAUAUUAUUCACUCGGUGUCAGUAAGAGACCACAUUGCAUCGGCUCAAGCGUCAGAACAAAACCCACAGCAUCUCCAGACUCUAGCAGACAAGAUUGGUGAAAUCCUGGCUCAGAUGCAUGAUGAAGAUGUCAUCCAUGGUGAUCUCACCACCUCCAACAUGCUUCUGGUCAGUGGAGCUGAAGACCAGAACAUGAAGCUGGUUCUGAUCGACUUUGGGUUGAGUUAUAUUUCUGCUCUACCAGAAGAUAAAGGCGUUGACCUGUACGUGUUGGAGAAAGCUUUUCUCAGCACUCAUCCCAGAACAGAGACUUUAUUUGAGAGACUUCUGAAAAGUUACUCUGCUUCAUCCAAAAAGUCCUCCGCGGUCAUCAAAAAACUGGAUGAAGUUCGAUUGAGAGGUCGGAAGAGGUCUAUGGUGGGAUGAAGUGCAUUACACUGUAUAUUCUGGCAUUGAAAUGGUUUCACACAGGAUAUGCUUCAAGCUUACAGCUGUAGUUUGAUGUUGGAAGUGUAGUCUUCUUUGAAGUACAUGAAUGUGUAAGGUUGUUCGACGCAGUGAACAUUAACGUAAUGAAUGCUUUAAACUCAAAUUCUCCAAUUCAGUCUGAGUGCAUAAUAGACAAAUGCACACCCUCGACUGAAGACUGAUUCAAACACGUGGAAAUCCACUGAUGUCUGGCCAACCUGAUCGAUUUUUAAUGAAUGUUGGUCAAAGAGUAACUUUUUUUUUUUUCUUUUUCUUACUGUACUGCUUCAUCUAUGGUUACAUAUAAUUAAUAUAGUGCAAUAAUAAUUGCCAAAAAAUGGCAGCUGAAUUUUUGAGCCCUACUAAAAAUACAUGUGUAAACGCGUACAUCAACAUGUUCAGUGUGCUUCCAAGACCUGUGAAUGAAACCAAUAAAAAAACUAGAUUCACGUUUCA